AUGACUACAAAUCGUGUAAACAAUAUUGAUUCUGCUUUCAGAUCACGCGUUCACUUAAGCAUGAAUUACAAGGAUUUGGACAAGAAUGCUAGAGAGAAGAUUUGGAGAAACUUUCUAUGGCGUGGAGAGGAUCAAGAACAUCAUCAUCAAAUCACUGAUGUUGAGGUUGGCAAAUUGGCCGAUUCAAACAUCAACGGAAGACAAACUAAAAAUAUUCUGAAGACGGCCAAAUUGCUUGCUAGUCACAAGGGUGGGCUUCUCAAGUUUGAACACGUUCGAACCGUUAUGAGUGUGGAGGGAAAUUAG